CAUAGCAACAUAUUGUGUGUUUCAUUGAUCCCCCGGUCUGCUGCAGGCUGCAGUUUGCAGUCAUUAAUGCUAUCUAGCUAUAUUAGCUAUAUUAGCUAUAUUAGCUAUAUUAUCUAGCUAUCUAGCUAUAUCAUAAACCAACUAGUGAAUGAAAUAAUUUUGUUGAUUGGUUGUUAAAUUAUUCUGCUGGAGUUAUUGAGGUGUUUUUCACACCAAAAAUUCAACGCAACUCACUAACAGUCAUCUUCAUCUGUUAAAAGCAAAAUAUUUUACUUAAUGUCUUCAAAGUGAUAAAUAUAUUAUAUGUUUCUUCACAGACUGACUUCAGUUGUAAAUUUUUAUUGGAAUAACCUUCCAAUGACUCUUAUAUUCGUUUGAGUUUGUUUAAUUUGGAGGAAAACCUUUCAUCUCUGAACAAUGGAUAACAAAGAACAGAGCAGAUUGUGUGAAGAAGAAAAAAUUAAAGGUAAUGAUGAAUACAAGGCAAAGAAUUUUAACAAAGCCCUGAAACAUUACGAGAUUGCUUUGGAGUAUGAUCCUAAUAAUAUAACAGUAAUUAAUAACAAGGCAGCAGUGUUUCUUGAUCAAGGAAAAUACCAGGAAUGUGUAGAACUCUGUACAAAUGCUUUGAAGCUGGACCCCAAAAAUAAAGUUGAAAGAAAAACUUUAGCAAAAACAUAUUACCGUUUGGCUAAAGCAUAUGAAAAACUGAACGAUUUAGAGAAUUCCCUGAAGUUUUAUGACUAUUCCAUUAUAGAAGACAGAAAUCCUGCAGUGAUAAAAAUUGCUCAGAAGAUGGAACUGGACCUAGAAGAACAACGUAAAAAUGCUUACAUCAAUUUUGAUAUUUCUGAAGAAGAAAAUCAAAAGGGAAACCAGUGUUUCAAAGAGAAAGAUUACAACAACGCUCUCAAUCAUUAUACUGAGGCAAUUAAGAGAAGUCCUAACGAUGUCAGACGACAUUACAACCGAGCUCUCUGCUACCUGAAGAUGCAAGAGUAUACACUAUCAUUGCAAGAUGCAGAAUCCUGUUCUAGGAUUGAUCCUACAUACAUUCAAGCCUAUCUUAUCAAGGGCAAGCUAUUUCAGAAGAUGAGGGCCUUUUCAAAAGCCCAUCUAGAAUAUGAAAAGGCCUUAGAUAUUGACAGUAACUGUGAGGAAGCUUUAAAAGGAUACAAGAUCAGUUCUGAAGAAGCUGGACUGGACACAACUGCACCAGAGGUUGUCCAAAGACGUAUACAGAGAAACCCUGAAUUGAGAGCGAUUCUAAGUGAACCAGAAAUAAGCAAAAUACUUUAUGACAUGCAAAAUAAUCCAAACUCUAUGGCAAUGUAUAUGAAAGAUCCAGAAAUCCGCAAAAAGAUUAACAAACUGAUUGCAUGUGGUUUACUCACUAUUGAUCCAGUAAUGGGGAAGGAAAGAUAAAGUAACAAUUUUUUGAGGUCCUGGAAAUUCACUUGCCUUUUUUCUCUUUCUUAUCCCUGCUUUGACCCUUCUUCUCUCACCUUUUUUAUUGUAAGGAUUCACUGAUUUUGUAUGAAAUUUUCAGUUCAUAUUCAUAAAAUGUUUGAUUAUAUUUUUAGAAAAUAAUGUGAAAAAGAUUGUUUAGCAAACAUGCUCUUGUCCAUAAUAGAGUUAUCCAUGUAUAUUUUGGUGAGUUUAACACAGUAUUUGUCACCAAAAUACCAAAAAUUCAGAAGACAGAAGCUGGAGAAGAAGAAUCAGUGAAAAUCAUGUCUCACAACUGGAUUAUGGAAUGCUAAUAUCCACACAAUGCCAAACUAAAAGGAUUAUUUUACAAUACCAGAUUGAUACACGUAUCACAUGCAUAUUCUACUGGAUUAAAAUAUAUCUCAGAACUCCACAUUAAAGGAAAUUCUUCCUAAGAUGGGAUUGUCGAGGACUUCACAAUAUUAUUUCAAGCAGUACCUUACAACAUUGGAUGGAGUUGUAGCACUUUAUAGUGAAUCAACAGAUUCUAUAUAACAAUUGAUCAAGGAGUACUUCAUUGUACAACAUUGCAUCAGCACUGACUAAAUACAUUCCACACAAGUGGCAUAUUAUGAAAGGUAUCCUAUUCAUGGCCUCAAAACCUUUUCCGAGACAGAUGUACAAAUGGUCACAUUAUACAUGUCCUUCAUUUUAAAGAUUGUGUAAUUAGAGGUGGGAACAUAUAUGGCAAAUUCAGAGGUGAAGAGGCCAUUGUAGUUGCUGUAGAAGAGGCUGUGAGAGCCUAUUCGUUGGACAGUUGUGAUGAAAACUUUCUGCAGCUUUAACAAAAAGUAUAUUACUCUACCUUUGGUAUUUGAGUACUAUUUUUUCCACCUUGUUUUGUGCUUGUGUGUGUGUGUAAUCAAAAUUUAAGGUGCAAUAUAUGGAUUUAUCUAAUCCAGUGGUAAUCACAAAAAAGCUUCUCCAGUGGACCAGGUUAUAAACCACAGAGUAAACCAAUACAGAGGAGUGUAAUGGAGAUCAUAAUCUUAUGGAUAUCAACUGGUGAAAUAAAUAUAUUCAUCUCAUGCCUCCUGACUUUCUAGAACUUUCCUCUCUUCUAGGAUGUGACUGUAUGGUAACAAGCUUGAUUCCCAAUCACAUGGUUCCUAAUUCAGUCCCACUUCAUGAAACUUUGGGUAAUUGUCUUGAGCUGACUAAAGCCUUGUGAGUGGAUUUGGUAGACAGACACCACUGAAAGAAGCAUGUUGUAUAUACAUACAUAUGUAUGUGUGUGUGUUUGUCCCCCACCACUACUUGACAACCAGUGCUGGUGUGUUUCCUGUAACUUAGCAAAUUGGCAAAAGUGACAAAUAAAAGUAUCAAGCUUAAAGAAGAGAAUAAGUUCUGGGGUCAGUUCAUUCGACUAAACAUUCUUUAAGGUGGUGCCCCAGCUUGGCCACAGUCUAAUGACUGAAACAAGUAAAAAGAUGAAAGAUAAAACACACAGUGUCUUGGAUAAACCCAUUGUUGAAAGUGUUAUUCAUUGAUGUUGUUGAAUAGAAUUAUUGAAAAUAAGCAUUUUCACCUGUCUCCAGAUUUUAUGUUCACCUUGGAUAUGUAAACAACUGUGUACCUUUGAGUUUGUGUCCCAUCACUGCUUGACAACCAAAGUUGGUUUGUUUACCUCUCUGUAAUCUAGUAGUUUGGCAAAACGAAACCACUUGAAUAAGUAUCAGGCUUAAAAGUAAGUAUUCCUGGGGUUGAUUUGUUGAGCUAAACCUUUCAAAGCAGUGCCCCAGCAUGGCCAUAGACGAAUGACUGAAAUAAUGAAUUUCAAUUUAAACCCCUCCUCCCACCACUGACCUCUUUGAUUUCCUUUCUGGAAAUAUUUAAUUUUAAUGAGUUUUAAUUUAUUCCAGUUAGUAGUUGACAGAUAUAUAAUACUGAUGCAUGUAUAAUAUUGAUGUAUAUAUAAUACUGAAGUCUGUAUAAUGCUGGUUUCAAAUUUAGGCACAAGGCGAACAGUUUCAGCGAAGGGAUUGAAACAAGUAAAAGAUUAAAGG